AUGCAAGCUUCAGCUCUAGUAUUCAGUAAUGCUCUGGUGAUUCUUCUAAUUUUUAGUUCUUGCACUUCAGUUCAUUCAGAUGAUAACGUGCAUGUGAGCAUCAAGAACAGAUUAGGCAAUGGAAAGAACUUAACCUUACAUUGCCAAUCAAAAGAUACCGAUCUCGGAGAGCAAAAUGUUGCCGAUGGGAGCGAAUAUGGAUGGGAUUUCACCCCCAAUGUAUGGGGAACUACAUUGUAUUACUGUGGUAUGGGAUGGGAAGAGGUGCAGCAGUAUAAUUAUGAUGCAUAUUCCUUUCAAAGGGACUUUGUUCGUUGCGUUAGCCAAUGUUCUUGGCUGAUUUCGGCUGAAGGCAUUUACGGGUUGAACGGAAACACAGGGUUCUGGGAAUUUGCUUACAACUGGUCAAGUUGA